UCCCCAGCCUCUCAGUUGGCCCGGUUCACUGCCUCACCUCUUUCAUUUUGCGCAAAACAGAUUUCCACAUCACUGGAUACAACUUCAAUUCAGUUUACUUCGAAACUUUCUACGUGUUUAUGAAUUGUCAGGAUUACACUGAAGUAUUUUCCGAGGAAGAGAUGCACAGUUGAGGUAUACUUCUCCUGUGGCAGUGUUUGACAUGUGGCUUCAUGUGGGGACAAUCCGCUGUUACUGUCUUACCAUGGCGAAGACUUUUUCAGUUCUUCCUCUGCUUGGUAUUAUAUUUGGAGUCAGCUGGGUGACAGCUAGGGAGCACAGGUUUGUCUCUGACCCUCCGACGCUGAACAUCACGAAUAAGACAUACAAAAUCAACACAGCCGACACGUUGGAGAUUAGCUGUAGAGGACGUCAGCUUUUGGAAUGGUACACUCCUUUCAACCGGACCGGCUCUGAAAGCAGGAUUAUCACAUCAGACUGUAGUGGGAAUGGACUGUUCUGUAGCACCAUCACACUCAUUGGGGCAAUGGCAAAUGAGACUGGAAAAUAUCGUUGUUCCUACAGAGACUUGUCUGUGGAGGAAGGGAAGACCUCUGUGUCAGUGUACGUCUUUGUGCAAGAUUACCGCAUGCCUUUUCUCCGGUUAUCUCAAGAGUUUGAGGUGGUAUUUAUUCAAGAAGGAGAGCAAGUGGUCAUUCCUUGCCUGGGCUCUGUGGAGGACCUCAAUGUCACUCUGUACAUGAAAUUUCCAGUGAAGGAACUGGUAACUGAUGGAAAAGACGUGUUUUGGGACAGCAAAAGAGUUGUGCUUCCUAGUCAUUUGAUUAGCCAUGCCGUUGUAGUCUACUGCCAAACUCGCAUCCAGAACGAAACCUUCCAAUCCGUGGCCUACGUUCUGGCUGUCGUGGGAUACAAAAUCUAUGACCUCAACGUAAGUCCUGUUCAGGAGAAGCGGGCAGUCGGGGAGAAGGUGACGCUCAACUGUACUGCAGUCACAGAACUUAAUGUAGCCCUUGAAUUUCAGUGGAUCCUUCCUCAGGACAAGAGAAAUCCCAACCAGUCCAAGAGAAGACAUUAUGACACUAGGCCCCACAAGAAGAAGCUGGGGAACUCUCUGGAAUUAUCGAACAUUCUGAUUUUGGAGAAUAUUACAAUCAAUGACACAGGGGAUUAUGUGUGCACAGCUUCAAGCAGAAAGAUGUCCAAAAGUAGUCGAGCAUCUCUUAUAGUUUAUGAGAAACCUUUCCUAGUGAUCCAUGAUCAGUCAUUUCAAACUGUGGAUGUAAAAAAAGGUCAAAGAGAAGCAAAGAUCCCUGUUAAAUAUUUUGCUUAUCCAGAACCGAAUACAAAGUGGUUAAAGAAUGGCCAUCCCAUCACUAGUGACGAGUACAGGAUAAAGCCUUCCAGAGAUGCACUCACUAUAUAUGAGGUCACCGAUAAAGACGCUGGGAAUUACACAGUGGUCAUGACCAAUAAAAUUACAAAAGAAGCUCAAAGCCGGACAUUUAAUCUACUGGUCAAUGCUCAUCCUAAAAUCUUUGAGAAGGAGGUACCAUUUGAUCGAAAUGUUCACAUGUUUGGCAGUAGCCCCACGCUCACCUGCACUGCUUUUGGUGGCUCCAGUCCUGUCUCUAUCCAUUGGCAGUGGAUGCCCAGUGAGGACUGUCCAGCUAAAUUUCAGCCCAGGUCAGAUAAGAUUGCAGAGUGUAAAGGGAAAUGGAGAGAGAUUUCAAACAACACGGGGGAAAACCACAUUGGCCAGCCCACCAGCUUCAUUGACAGCUCACUUAAGACUGUGAGCACACUGAAGAUCCAGAAAGCUGUGACCCAUGCACUGUUCAGAUGUGUUGCCUCCAACAAAGUAGGACAAGAGGACAGAGUCAUUAUAUUUCAGGUGGCACGUUACCUCGACCUGAGUGUGUUCCCCUCCAGGUUUCCCAUAGAGGAGGAGGAUGUGCUGCUGCGCUGUGUUGUUGACCGCAUGCUGUACUCCAGCCUGAGCUGGUAUCGAGUGCUUAAUGUUUCCAACCCGGCCGAGCUGCCUACCACCGUGCCUUGUGGCAGCCUCAGCCUGGCACCUCUCCCCAAAGCCAAUGCCACUAUUGCUGGCCAGAAGGGUGCCAAUGUCACACUGGACCUGUCAUUUCCCAGGGUGAGCUGGCAGGAAGAGGGUUUGUAUGCAUGCCGCAUGGAGAACACCGACAGCAGCGAGAGCACCUGCUUACUACAUAACCUGCGUCUCCGAGCUCUGGAGGCUCCCAAGAUUUUGAACAAUUUGAGUGAUCAGAGGGUGAAUGUAAGCAAUUCCACCAUGCUGGUGUGUGAUGUAAGGGGCACACCAACUCCUAUUAUCACCUGGACCAAAGACAACCAGACUGUUAUUAAGGGAUCUGGUGUUCUUCUGACUCAAUCAAAUAGCAUCCUGACCAUCCAGAGGGUAAAGAAAGAGGACAGUGGUCUUUACAUAUGCACUGCCUGCAACAAACUAGGAUGUGACUCCGUCCAGGCCCAGCUUACAGUGGAGGGCGCAGAGGAGAGGAUGAACGUGGAGCUGAUUGUGCCAAUUGGUGCCGUGGUUAUCGCCAUGUUCUUCUGGCUUCUCAUUGUCUUUGUCAUACGCAGCAGAAAACGGCCUACUGAUGGAGACAUGAAGACAGGAUACUUGUCCAUGAUCUUAGAUGCAGAAGACAUGCCAAUGGAUGAGCAUUGUGAGAGGCUAACCUACGAUGCCAGCAAGUGGGAGUUUCCCCGUGAACGUCUUAAACUAGGGGAACCGCUUGGUCGCGGGGCGUUUGGUCAGGUCCUGGAGGCAGCAGCAUUUGGCAUUGAAAAAGCCACCACAUGCACUACAGUAGCAGUGAAAAUGCUAAAAGAGGGUGCUACAUCCAGCGAGUACCGUGCCUUGAUGUCUGAGCUGAAGAUCCUUAUCCAUAUUGGGCACCAUCUAAAUGUGGUUAAUUUGCUAGGUGCCUGCACCAAACCAGGUGGCCCACUGAUGGUAAUAGUGGAAUACUGUAAGCAUGGUAACCUCUCCAGUUAUCUUAAGAGUAAGCGUGGAGAAUACAGCCCCUUCAAGAAGCAUAGGCCUCAGCUGAUGCAGGGCAGAGCUAGUGAAAUUGAACCAGAGCUGCAAGAAGGGGAUCUGGAUAUGGGCACUACUACACGAUUAGACAUAUGCACUGGCACUGCCAUCUGCUCUGGGCUGAGAAGUGAGUGGAGCGCCAAUCCUCAACUGGAUCAACAAGAAAGUUCAGACUGGGAUCAAUUGACUAUGGAGGAUCUCAUAAGCUAUAGCUUUCAAGUAGCCAAAGGAAUGGAGUUCCUUUCUUCCCGAAAGUGCAUUCACCGGGAUUUGGCAGCUAGGAACAUUCUUCUUUCUGAGAACAACAUUGUAAAGAUCUGCGACUUUGGCUUGGCUAGAGAUGUAUAUAAAGACCCAGAUUAUGUCCGAAAAGGAGAUGCACGUCUCCCUCUGAAGUGGAUGGCUCCAGAAACAAUCUUUGACCGUGUCUAUACAACACAAAGUGAUGUGUGGUCUUUUGGAGUACUACUCUGGGAGAUUUUCUCCUUGGGUGCGUCUCCAUAUCCGGGAGUGAACAUUGACGAGUCGUUUUGCAGGAGGUUAAAAGAUGGUACCAGGAUGAGACCACCUGACUAUGCCACCCCUGAUAUCUAUCAGACUAUGUUGGACUGCUGGAUGGAUCAUCCAACAGAUAGACCCACUUUCACAGAACUAGUGGAGCAUCUGGGCAACUUGCUACAGGCCAGCGCUCAGCAGGAUGGUAAAGACUAUAUACCACUGACAAUGGGGGAUGUGGAGGGAAGUUCAGGAGUCCCCCAGGUCAGAGUGACCUUAUAUAACAAUGCACCGAGAGCAAAAGGCUUAGAGACCCUGGUUAACUAUGACAAUGCUCCAUCAGUUGGAUAUGUGCAGCAUAAAUUUGAGGACAUUCCACUGGAACAGAGGUCAAUAAUGAAUGGACAGAUGGACUGUGAUUUGGGAUUAUCACCAGACAAAGUGAAAGCACUAAAUUAUCAAGCACAGAGGAUAGCAACAUUUAGUCCUAUUCUACGAUGUAAGAGUAAGGAAUCCGUGGCAUCCGAAUCAUCCAAUCAGACUAGUGGCUACCAGUCUGGCUACCACUCGGAUGACACAGAAACACCUGUGUAUGCCAAUGAGGAAAUGAUCCUGAAGAGGGACAUUUUGAUGAAGCCGCCAUUUCCCAAGAAGGACGACAAGUAUAACACCGAGGUCCGCUAUAGUACUCCUCCUGUUUGAUUGGAACCACCUAAAAACCCAUGACUAUAUGGAUAUACUAAGUGUUGGUCUUAUUGCAAUUGUGUUUUGCAAAUCCUUCCAGCCUGGAAUAGCAGACUCUCCCUUUUAUGCCAAGAGCAAUACAAAACAGACACGCUUCUGCUUAUGAUAGGCUGGUUCUUAGACAGGACAAAGCAACUAUUUGAUUUGAGCACAGCUCUUCUCAUACUCUGUUCAGUGGCAUUAUGGUGUUCUCUAUAGUGAUUAUUUAUAUAUGAUUUAGACAGGUACAUUUAUUCAAGUCAGCACAUCCUGAGCAUUAACAUGCUCCAUUCACAUGACUGUAACUUUGUCCGGAUUAUAAUCAGUGAGUAUAACAUACAUAACAUAUAACAUAUAGUUGAACACAGUGCCUUAGCUGAAACCUACACUACUGUUUUAAUCGCAAUUUAAGCGUGUGAGAUAGUCGUUCAAAUCUUUUCUCUUUAAAAUCUUUUUAAUAUAUAUUGUGAGUAUUUUUGGAGAAAGCCAUGUAAAUGGAAUCGUUGUUUACACAUAACAUAAGCUCAUUAAGACCACUCCCACUUCCUGUAAAAAGACACACCCCUUUCUUUCAAGCAAGAAAUAGCAACUGUAAUUUGAGUCACCUAAUGUGUUUCUUCUGUAUUUAUGUUAAUUGUUUUUUUUUUUUAAUUGCUCGGCCAGCAUUUUAAUAAAUCAGGAGUUCUUUUUGUUCUGUA